CAACGUGAAAAUCCAACCAUGGAGAUGACAAGCAUAACCGAGGAAUGGCAAUCAAAAGCCAUGGAUUUUGAAGUCAUUUCCCAAGCCACCAACUUCUUCUCUGACUCCAACAAGAUUGGAGAAGGUGGUUUUGGUAACGUUUACAAGGGUCGGUUACUUAACGGGUUAGAGGUUGCUGUCAAGAGGAUUAUUAGUAUGACACCUGGGGGGAUCGAAAACUUUGACAACGAGGUGAGACUCAUUGGGCUAGUUCAGCAUAUAAACAUCAUCCGACUCAUUGGUUUUUUCUCUGACGAAAACGAGAGGAUCCUAGUAUAUGAGCACCUGGAAAACCUAGGACUCAACUCGUGCAUUUUCGACACAACCCGAAGCUCUUCUUUAAACUGGCAAAAGAGAUUCAACAUUGCCAUUGGUAUUGCUCGAGGGCUUUCAUACCUUCACCAAGAUUCCCGAUUCAAGAUAAUUCACCUUGACCUGAAACCAAGCAAUAUCUUGCUUGGUGUAGACAUGAUCCCAAAGAUCUCCGAUUUUGGGAUGGCAAAGACACUGGCAAGGGACCAGACAGAAGCUAUUGCCACGGGCGGGGGCGGAACUUUUGGUUACAUGCCGCCCGAAUACUUGAGAAACAAUAUAUUCUCUGUGAAAUACGAUGUUUUCAGCUUUGGGGUCAUGCUUCUUGAGAUUCUCAGUGGAAAGAGAAACAGUAGGUUCCCUGCCCUGAACGACGGAGAAACUCUUCUAAGCUACAUAUGGAGGAACUGGAGCGAAGGAAAGGGGCUAGAGAUCGUCGAUCCGGCCAUUACAUCUUCAUCAGAAUUUCGACCAGAUCAAGUUCUAAGGUGCAUACAGAUUGGUCUCUUGUGCGUUCAACAACUUGCACAAGACAGACCGACUAUGUGGUUGGUGGUUCUCAUGCUAGAAAGUGAAACAGUUGAUAUCGAUAUGCCUAAAUCCCCCGGUGACACUAGUUCAUCCUCGAGGGAACAUCUAGAUGAUGAAUCUUACAGCGUUUGUCAAAGGACCAUGUCGACCAUGAACGGUCGGUAAUAACUUACUUCCAGAAUUCGACAAAGGAUUCUAAGUUUUAUAACGUCUCGUUUUCGAACAAAAAUCUAUCUUUGUAAAACUCAAAUCUCUCAAGUUCAUUCGACUAUGUGGUUGGUGGUUACUCAUUAUUCAUUAAAUUAUUGAACUACAAAUUCUUGUU